AUGCCAUAUACUCUCUUUGCGAAUCUGUUAUUACAUGUAACUUGGCCAUAUCUAAAUGAUGCAUUUUACUAUCUCCAUUUGAUUUCUUUCAAAGAAGUUGAUUGGUGGUUUAUAUUCCUUGUCGUUCAGGAGAAUCUUUUGAUGGACAAUCUUGUAGACUCUCUAAACAGUGCGUACCUAGAAUUUGUUGCAGCAGCAGCCAAUGUACUUGAAGCAAAGGAAAGCUCUGGGGCUCAAAAACCUGCGGUGACUGAUGCUGCUUUAGAAAACUUUAAGCAACAUUGGGAGUUGUUCAGAGUUGCUUGUGAUCAAGCAGAGGAGUUUGUGGAGUCUGUAAAGCAAAGAAUUGGGUCCGAGUGUUUGGUAGAUGAGGCCACUGGCUCCAUUUCUGGUAAGCCCGGGCAGCCUGCUACAAGUGGGCUACAGCCCAUCAGUGCAGUUCGGCUGGAGCAGAUGAGUAAAGCUGUCAGGUGGUUAGUGAUUGAACUGCAACAUGGUUCUGGGACCGGUGGUGCAUCGUCACACCCCCACCCUUCCGCUCCCUUCGACGCUCGAUUUUCUGAAGAUGCGGGAAUUGCUGAAAGGAUGCAGUUGUAA